AUGUUGGGACUCCUCUCGCUCUCCGCCCUCGUCGCGACAGCACUGGCUGCAACGGAGUCGGCCUGGAAUGGUCAUUUAACACCAGGAUCAACAGAAGUAUCAUCAUUCACACCCUACUACGUCCCGCCUGGUGCGAAAAGCUACGACUCAUCAUCCCCUCUGGUCCACUACACGGGCAAAUGGACCGACUCCUACGCACAAGGCUAUGUCGCCCACACUCUUCGCUCCACAACGCAUAAGAAUGCCGCGGUCUCCUUCACAUUCAAAGGGACUGGAAUCGAGUGGUUCGGGAACGUCGAUGCGCGCCAUGGGAUUGCGGACGUUUACAUCGAUGGGUCACUCGUCGAUCAUGUCGACGCGUACAGCGAGGUCUCGCGCCGUCAGCAGCGCGUGUUCUGGAGCUUCGGUCUCCCAUAUGGGAAGCACACCAUCAAGAUCGUCCACUCUGGCCGGAAGAGUAAACAAUCCAAGGGCAAGGUUAUCGACCUCGACGCCUUCGUCGUCACGAUGGGUUCACCACCAAAGCAACAGAGCGCAUCGGUCGCUCAGUCACCUCAGAACUUCGCCGCCUCUCCCCACCAGAACCUUGACCUCGCGACGGCAGGACCUCCCUCUACACAGAGCGGGUCACAGUGGGUGCUAAAGCAGCAAGGUUCGACAGGCGUUCAUGCCAUGCAACUCGCCAUCAUCUCCGAUUCGCAUGCGAUCAUCGUGGACAAGGUCGAGCAUAACCCGUUAACCAUUGACGGACAUCCCGCCUGGGCGGCCCUGUAUGACCUCAACACACACGAGGUCAAAGCGCUUCACGUUCAGAGCAACUCAUUCUGCGCGGGUGGGACCUUCCUCUCCAACGGAACGCUCAUCAACGUCGGCGGGAAUCCAGUCGUCGAAGACAAGACGGCCGCGGCCGAUUUUGGCGAUGUCGAUGGUCUGCAAGCCGUGCGCAUCCUGGAGCCCUGCGAUAGCGAGGACACGAGUGGAUGCGACUUCUACGAGAACCAUGCGCGUAUUCGUAUGGCGACGCCGCGAUGGUACAAUACCGUCCUGCGCCUCUCAGACGGAAGCGCCAUGGUCAUGGGCGGUUCGAAGAAGGGUGGGUGGAUGAACAACGAGACGACCAAUAACCCGACCCUCGAGUACUUCCCCCCAAAGAACAUCGCCGGCCAGAACGGGCUUCCCAUACGCUUGCCAUUCCUCGAGGACACGCUGAACUCCAACCUGUUCCCCAUCGCCUUCGCUCUUCCUGACGGGCGUGUCUUCGUCGCGGCGAAUAACGAUGCCAUGAUCUAUGACUGGCAGCAAAACAACGAACAGCGUCUCCCGUCUCUUCCAAACGGCGUGCGCGUCACAUACCCCAUGAGCGGCACUGGCCUUCUUCUCCCGCUCGAUCCCGCGAACGACUAUACCCCCGAGGUCUUGUUGUGCGGCGGCUCAGCCAUCGACGACACCAAGCCAUCUUGGGAGCUCUCAAGCCAAGACCCGGCGUCUACACAAUGUGUACGGAUGGUACUCAACGAACAGGGCAUCGCGGCGGGAUGGCAGGUCGAGCAGAUGCCGCAAGCGCGCAUCAUGCCUGACGCGGUUCUCCUUCCCACGGGCGACAUCCUGAUCAUCAACGGCGGCGCGUCGGGCAUUGCGGGCUAUGGCAACGUCAAGGAUCAGGUUGGCGCAUCCAAUGCAGCGAACCCGGUGUUCACCCCUGUCCUUUAUCAUCCCAACGCGCCCGCCGGCCAGCGCUUCGACAGUGCGGGUAUGCCCACGAGCGAUAUCCCGCGCUUGUACCACUCCAUUGCGACACUAACCCCUAAGGGCGAUAUCAUGAUCGCCGGCUCCAAUCCGAACCUCGACAGGUCGGAGGUCGAAUUCGGAACGGAGUACCGUGUCGAGUGGCUCGAGCCCCCCUACAUGAACGCUGAGAGACCAACUGUCGACGAUAUACCUCAAAAGGUGGGCUUCGGAGAGACUAUCGAGCUGAAGGUGCAUCUUCCUGCAUCUGCGGCCGAUGUCAAAGUGGCGCUCGUGGACCUCGGCUUCGUGACGCAUGCCGUGCAUGCCAACUCUCGAGUGGUCUAUCUCAAGGCGCAGCUCUCGAGUGACCGUACCACUCUCAGCGUCACCGGACCCCCCAACGGCGAAGUGUAUCCUCCGGGACCAGGCUGGCUAUAUGUCGUCGCGGACGGUGUUCCCAGCGUUGGAAAGAAGCUUCUGAUCGGCGAUGGGCAGGGCCCGCCCGUCGACAAAGGCGCGAUUGAGAAUCUUCUGAAGAGCACACAAGUUGAUCAGUACGAGAAAGAUAAGGGCAAGAAGGAGGAUGAUGGCUCAGAGUAG